AGCUGUGUUUGGAGGGCUGCACUCAGAGGGGGAACUACAUCUGAACCUGACAGCUACACUGUGGUGAAUAGCUCAAAAGAUUCAAAAAUCUGGGAGAAAGUGCCAAGAAGACAGGAGUCUAAGGUUGUGAGUGUCUGACAGUAGAUAAGCCAAAGAGAGAGAGAGAGAAACUUUGAAGAUGACACCUGCCCGUUUGGUGUUAGGCUGGUUCCUGCUCGCUGUGAGGACAGUCAACUCUGCUGUGUAUCUGGACCCUGAGGAAGAGGGGUCAGGGGGACAGGAUGUAUUUGUAGUCCCUCUGACUCCUUCCUCUCGCCUAGAGCUGAAUGAAACUGUCCUCUGCACCAAUGACCUGAUGGAGGUGGUCAUUCCCAGUGCCUUCUUCCUCAACAAUGUGCCACCCGUUUAUGUCUGGGAUUUGCACCUAAAUGACCCGGAAUGCCGUGGUGUUGAGAUUGGAGAUGACUAUGUCUUCAGCAUCAAGACUAAUCUCUCUGACUGUGGGACGAUCAUGGCAUCAGAUGAUACACAUAUUAUGUUCAUAAACACCAUACGCAACAACGAUUUGGAUGUCGUCACAUGGAACUACAUCAACAUCACGUUCGUCUGCCGUUACCCAAUAAACUACAUGGUACAGCAGCCCAAUGGGGAAAACAUGAUCCGAGUGGAUGUCAAGACCAUCACUCUGAACACAGAAGAUGGGAACUUCUCUGUGUCCAUGCUGCUUUAUAAAGAUGAAGACUUUGAGGACAAGUGGACCACUGUGCCCUCCCUGACCCUGGACGACAACAUCUACGUUAAAGUGUUGAUGAUACCGGCUCAUCUUUUGCUGCGUGUGGAGAGAUGCUGGGCUACCCCAACCAACGACCCGUACAGCAACAUCCAGUACACCUUCAUCAGGGACAGCUGCCCCGUUUUGUCAAACGAACCGUUGACAGUGCUGAAGAAUGGACAGGGGCCAGAGGCUAUGUUCAGGAUACAAAUGUUCAAGUUCGUGGGCAGCUCUUACAAGGAUGUGUUUCUCCACUGCAAUGUUCAGAUCUGUCACAACACACUUGGGGUCUGUCAGCCUAACUGUUCUGGUGAGGAUAACAAUGGGCGGAUGAGAAGAGAUGUCACUACGGCCCAUACAGUAUCUUAUGGACCAAUCAGGCGACGUCUGCCUGAGAGUGACCAACCCAGCCUGAACUCUGGAGGUGUGCCCUCGGUGGAGACCUUUGUCCUGGGAGGCCUACUUGUAGUCCUGCUGCUGUUCACUGGAGUGUUUGGGAGGCUGUGGCUGCGAACCAGACGCUCCUACCCAACACAGGAGGCUCACCUCACCUUAUCCAACAUACACCACAAUUCAGAGGUGGCCCGCUGAUCUAACCCAGUAGUUCAAGCAAUGAGAACUGAUAUGAACUGGUGCACGCAGACACAAAUUAAAGCAUGCACAGGCAUGCAUGCACACAUAAACACACAUUACAUUUCUGCAUAAGGAAAGACGAAAGUAUGAAUUGACUGUAGUUUGGGGUGUAAAUAAAAUCUCAUUGUAGAAAUUAGAGGGAUUUUGAAGAUGUAAAUGAAAACAUGUCUCUGCAAGGAGUUUUCUGUGGUUUUUUUUCUAGAGAAAAAAUAAAGGUAUUUCAAAGAGCUG